CGAUCACGUCAAGGCGGGCCCAAAUGACGGAGGCUCACUGACCGGAAAGCUAGUUUUCCAGUCUUCGAAAUAACUUGAAACUAUAAAAUCGUCCAAAUCUUUGACACCCUAUGUAUCUUACCAGUAGGUAAAUAAAAUCUACCACUUGUGGUUUAUUUGCUGCCGCUAAAUUAGCCGAAAAAUCACACAAACUCUUAAACUUCGGGUAAAGAAGGCUAGCUCCACGCUGGAACACCCGACGUUGUGCUGCAAUGGAGUAAAAACAAAAACGACAACGUGGCGUCUAUUCGGUUUAGACCAAAAGUGCAGGGAUGAAGAAGUGGACCUGGAAAGAGGACAGACGAGUCCAAAGAGGACAGCAAGGUUACACUCGUCACCCUGGACGUGGACGCUACCGUGGAAGACGACGGUGGCGACCAUCAUGGGAAGACAGGGAUGGCUAUGAUGCUGCAGGGCCUUCUUCCAGAACAUCUGACAACGAAAUCAGCUCUUCUUCCUCAGACAACAGCGUGGCGCCAGAACUACCAGGUUUCUACUUUGACUCGGAGAAGAACAGAUACUUCCGCUUGUUGCCGGGUAACAACAACUGCAACCCUCUAACCCGGGAGCACCUGAAGAAAAAGUCACAAGAGAAAGAAAGAGCCAGGAUGCUCGAGGAGGAUGGCAAGGCCACAAAGAAAGCUCCGAGGGCAGGGCUCAACGCUUCCUUGCUUCUACAGAAUAGACGUCUCGGGCUGCUAGCUGAGAUGUCCUACCACAGGCAGGUCCACGAGUGUAGGAUCAGCACCAUGAGAUGCUGCAAGCUGGACCAUCAGAGCGCAGACAACUUCAGGACUAUUAUGGCCGACUCCACGUGCGAGCAAGUGUUCACUGUUAGCGACAUGUCUUAUGGGGGCUGCAAGUACAGCUGCUUGGGCUUCAGCAGAAGCAGCAGCGGUGGAUCGCUGACUGUCAAAAUGUGUGACAACCCCUACUUCACCAAUUACAAGGUGAAUUCCCUCUGCUGGGCGUCAGUCAACCAUCUCGACUCUCACGUGUUACUAUGCUUGGUGGGGGUCGCAAACAGGCUCGGCUCCAUCACUUUGCUCCCAACGGCGCUCUUCAGCAACUCUGACUCAAAUCAGACAGGGAUGUGCUGCAAUUUUAAGAUCCCCAUGGCCUGGUGUUGCGCUUGGUGUCUACAUCCGCAAUUUGACAAGUGGUUCAGUGCAGGUCAGGGUCACAAAAUAUUUCAUACUUUUAUUCAUGUCAUUUCUGUAGCAAUAUGUGCACAUAAUCUAAAGGCGCGAUUGCAUUUGUUGGCAGGUUUGUCCUAUCAGGUAGUCCUGCAACAAGCCGUCUCAGGCAAAAGACAAACAAUCAGCGUCGACAGCGACAUCUUGGCUCAGCAGUUUUGUGUUGGAGUCCCCUUGCUGUUCAACGGCUGCCGGUCGGGGGAGAUUUUCAGUCUCGACGCGCGGAAUAUGAGAGGGAGUAAAGCGACGAGCUUGAAACAAGACUCGGCCAUCACGUCUCUACGCAUAUUGCAGGACGAGAACUACCUGCUUGCUGCGGACAUGUCAGGCCAGAUCAAGCUGUGGGACAUACGGGCCAGGAAGCCAGUACAGGAGUACCGGGGCCACUACAACGAGCAUGCCGCCCUCCCCAUCCAUGUUAGUGAGCCCGAGGGCCUUCUUUUGACUGUGGGUCAGGACUGCUACACAAGGUUCUGGAGCCUGCGGGACGGCCACCUUCUAAGGACCAUCCCAUCGCCCCACCCGGCCGCCAGCGAUGCCAUCCCCAGCGUGGUCUUCUCCUCCAGCCUUGGUGGCCGCACGGGGGUCCCUGGCCUGCUGAUGGCUGUCAAAAAAGACCUCUACUAUUUCCCCUACAACACGGAUGAGACAACACCACAGGAAGCCUGACUGAACACACGAAAUCUGCCUUUACAAGGAAUGUAGUCAUUUGAAAAGAGAGUUUUUUGCAGCACAGUUGUGCCGAGCUGCAAUUUACUAAGAGCUAGUUCUUAGAUUUGUUCUUCGAGAUGGGUUCUUUUCUAUUCUAAAACAGGAAGAAUACUUGCAACGUUUGCAAAAAUAUAGUUGAAUGAGCAAAUAAAAAUAAAAAAGCAUCUUGACAAAUUUAAUUUCCAGUCCAGAUCACGGUGCUGACUGCUCUUUGUGUCAUUUAGUUUAAUGCUUAAUUUUUGUUUUGAUACGGUAUUUUGUUUCAGCAUUUUUUAUUUAGUUUUUAAUGUUUUUUAUGUUAAAAAACAAUGUUUUUUCAGGUUAAAAUAAUUAAAGCUACUUCCUCUGACAUGAUGAAACUACAGAUUUUUUUUGUCAUCAAUAUAAGUCCCAAAAAACUCUGAAAAUGCAAUGUAUAUUGACAGAUACACUGAGGACAUGUCCCCCCCAAAAAUUACUUAAAGGCAAUGUCAGAAAUGUUCUAGAGACUUGUGUGUCAUUUUGAUGUUUUUUUUUUAAAAUAAAUUUGUUCUUUUUUGUUAAACUAUUGUUGCGUUUUGUUCAAGAUGUUCGUCGUUGAGCAAAGAAAAUAAAGAUGUGGAGUAAUA